CGAGAAUUGCGCACUACUAGUUUGUCCCAGUACAGGAUCCGUACACGGCUUUUCCCUUCACGCUGUCAUUCUUUUCAGUCGUGUAUGUUUUUGCAUAACUUUAAGCUUUCUAUGCAAUAUGGCUUUUCAGUGUCAGAGGGACUGCUACAUGCAAGAGUUUAUCACUACAGUGGCAUCAUGUUCUCCCGCUGAACUAAAACGUGAGAACGGCGGGAAGAAGGAGAAAGUGAAAGGCUUCAACGUCAUCCUCAAAGACACGAUUCUCUUUCCUGAGGGUGGAGGCCAGCCAGAUGACCGCGGGACGAUCGGGCCCGUGCCUGUCCUGCGGGUGACCAGGCAAGGUUCAGAGGCGGUGCACUUUGUGGAGUCGGCGCUGGAGGUGGGAUCGGAAGCACGGCUGGAAGUGGACUGGGAGCGCAGAUUUGACCACAUGCAGCAGCACUCUGGGCAACACUUAGUUACUGCCUUGGCAGACAGUAUGUUUGGAUACAAGACCACCUCCUGGGAUUUGGGCCGCCAGCGCAGCGUCAUCGAGCUGGACACGGCUGCGGUGAAGCCCGGCGAGAUGGAGGCCCUGGAGGACGCGGUGAACCAGAAGAUCCGCGAACACGUCCCUGUCACCGUGCAGCUGCUCUCCCUGGACGAUCCCGCCGUGGAAAAGGUGAGGAGCCGCGGCCUGCCGGACGACCAUGCAGGACCCGUCCGGAUCAUCGACAUCGAGGGCGUCGACGCCAACAUGUGCUGCGGGACCCAUGUGUCCAACCUCAGCCACCUACAGGUUAUAAAGAUCCUUGGGACUGAAAAAGGAAAGAAAAACAAAACCAACGUGAUUUUCCUUGCGGGAAACCGGGUUCUGAAGUAUGCGGAGAAAAGCUACAGCACGGAGCGAUCGCUGACAUCCUUACUCAAGACUGGAGCAGAUGAUCACGUGGAAGCCGUAGACAAGCUGCAGAAGUCUGUCAAGGUGCUGCAGAAGAACAAUCUCAACCUUUUACGAGACAUGGCUGUGCUAAUUGCAGAGAAUUUCAAGAACAACCCCAAUCGAGGCGACUUGUUCUGUUUACACAGGAAGGACGGUGACAAUGAGUUCAUGAACAUUAUAGCCAAUGAGAUAGGCACUGAGGACACAGUGCUAUUCCUGACUGUUGGAGAUGAGAAGGGGGCGGGGCUGUUCCUGCUGGCAGGGCCAGUGGGUAUUGUGGAUGAGCUGGGACCCAGGGUGGCGGAGCUGUUGGAGGGGAAAGGGGCCGGGAAAAGGGGGCGUUUCCAGGGGAAGGCCAACCGCAUGGCCCGGCGCGGCGAGGUGGAGGCCCUGCUGCGGGAGCACAGCCGCCAUCGCGGCUCAGGGGAGGAGUAGGCCGGCCGGGCGCGGCCCUGUCCGCCCGGCCACCGCACCCCCGGACCGCUGUCUGUCUGUCACUCGAACGCACAGGUGCGCUCGCUCGCACGCGCAAACGGGAAGAGGCGUGCAGGUGUGCAAAUCCGCACAAGCAAACAGCCGAACGCAAAAGGGAUCAGGGAUCUCGCACUCGAAUCCUGGAGGGCCGCAGUCUGCUGGUUUUAAGCCUGCUUCAGUUUUUGGUCUUUGAUUGGCUUGAGAUUACACAUGCCUUGUUUCCAAGGCCUAAAUUGGUUUCUGAUUGAAAGGGAAACGCAAAAACCCACAGACGCUCCUGCCCUCCAGCACAAGCGUCUGAGACCCCUGGCCUUGUUUUCUGAAAAACGAAAGUCAAUAUGUUUACGAUCCUUUAAAUCUAUUUUAAAAAAGGAAUCCUAUGUGCUUAUACUGUAUGUGUUUUUUGCUUACAUUGUAUAAGAUAUCAUUCACAUCUGCAUUACUGUGCUUCAUGGGUCCUCAGACCUGGUACUGGGGCCCCCCAGUGUGUGGUGGGCCUCAGACCUGGUACUGGGGCCCACUAGCCUCACACCAGCUAAUGGGUCCCCUCAGUGUUUGGUGGUUUUCAUCUGAGCCCCAACACAUGAACUGUAACAAGCUGUUAUCAAUUAGAUACUAUAAAUGUCUCUUUAUGGUUGAUUGCCCCUUUGACGACCACAUUACGUCAGCUAUGCAUGAAUAAAUGUCCUAUAAUCAGGUCAAUCGGA